AUGCCAAAAAAUCAACUUGCAAGAGGAAGGGAUCUCAACCGCAAGAAAGCCAGGGACAAGCAGAACGCUCUGGUCACCCGCGAGCAAACCAAGAAGCUCCUCGACAUUCUCGACCCCCUCAUACCCCAGAUGGAGAGGAGCUUGGGCGAGCUGAGGGGGAGCUUGCCGUCUCGGAGGACGCUGCUGCACCUGCUGGAGGACCUGGUGACGCACUUGCGGGCCAUGCCGGCGUCGUCUCGGGCGAGCAGGAAGGAGCGAAAGCCCGGCGUGUCGCUAGAGGAAGCGACGGCGAGGGUCAUGUCGAGCCGGAGGGAGAGGAUCGUGUCGGUGGAGCUACCGAGCUGGAGGAUCAAGUGCGGGAGCGUGGGGCUUAAGGAGUACUACGUCCGAUCGCCGCUACGGAGGCUGGUAAGAGGGAAGGAAGGGGAGGGCGAGGAGGGGAGGAGAAGGCAAGAGGGACAGUGCUUCCUCCAUCUGGUCGAGAACGAGAGCCUGGACGUGCUACGAGCGGCUGGGCAGGCGGUGAUGCUGGGGAAGGGGGUGGGGCCCUUCUUCGUAGACCUGCGGACGUUCUCGAGGGAGGGGAUGGUGUGCUUGAACGUGAUCAGGUGUCGGGUGAUACCGGCGCAUGUGUCGUGCAUGGGGGAAGGCGUGUUCGUACUGGAGGCACAGGAGGAGGCGGAGGUGAGGCACGAGUGGCCAGGAGAUAUUGCGGGGAAGUUCUGCAUGGUAGUACGGAGAGACCCGGGGACGUCGAACGCGUGUGCGUACGACAUCGACCAGGCGCUGAGGGGGCUGGUAUCAGAGAGCCGAGGCUUCAUGUCGGAGGCCCUGAAGGCGUUGUCGACGGAUCACGCGUCACAGAGCAUCAUGGAGAGGAUACGAGGAAGCAUAGAGAGCCUGGGAAGGGCUUUCGCUGUAUACAUGGCAAGGCUGACAGAAACGCAUUUGUCCCUGGGAAUAGACGAAGAGAAUAACAUCUUCGCCAACUACUACGUUCGGAUGAGGCUGCCACAGCUUGUUGGGGGGUUCAAGUCGAACUGGAAACGAGUCAUGAAGAUGGCGCUGAACGGGGAAGAAAUGGAACUCAGCGGAGGAAACACGAAGGUUUACGGGUAUGUGGUGAACAACGUCGGGAAAGACUCGUUGUUGUUGAGAAUCUUCUAUCUGCACUCGUCGACUGGAAUCUGCUACUUCUCUCGCCAUUUUGUCGCUUCUCCGGCAGGACUAUUUCAGAGUGUGAAGGUUUUCCGAGACGGAUCUGAUGAGGAGGACCCAAUGUGCUUCUACGUCAACAUGCUCAAGGUCGACGAGGAGGACAGGGGCUUGAUCGCAACUCUAGAGCCUGAGGAAUCUCUGUAG